AUGUCAUUCUACAUGUUUCCCGAAAUCGAGCCUUACCCAACGACCUAUGUGUCGCACACAUACCCGGAGAAGGGACAUCAUCACCUGCACCACCUGCCACUUCCCUACAUGGUGCACAAAGCGCACAGACUGUUCCACGACAAAGACCAUGACGUCCACCAACCCAAAGCUGACGUACGAGAGACGCCAAGCAACUUCUACAUCGAGGUCGAAUUGCCAGGGAUCAAAGACAGAUCCGAGCUCCAUCUCCGCUGGACUUCGAUGCGUACACUGCUUGUCUCGAGCAAGAUCCUCAGGCCCGAGAUCCCUGAAUCCGAGCUCGUAGACUCACCAAUGCCAGCGGCGGACGCCAAAGAAGCUCAACCCGAGAAAAAAGAAGAGGGGGCCGAGGCUGGGAAGAAGGAAGAGCCCAAGCCAGAAACCGCGCCAGAAACCGCACCAGAAACCGCGCCCGAACCUCACGCAAUGCCUGCAGCGAAGAAACUACCUCACCUUACAGUCAACGAGCGGCAGAUUGGUGAGAUGCUGCGCGCGUUCAAUUUCCCCGUCGACGUCGACCGCGACAAUACCCAUGCCAAACUCGACGCCGGCCUGUUGAGUAUCAAGGUCCCCAAGAUGGAGCACGAGCAGGUCAAACACGUCAAUGUCCCUGUUAGGAUUCAGGAGUCCAUGGGGACCAUCAUGGCCGAUUGA